GCUCAGUUUCGGUUUAGGCACGUCUUGGACACAUCGUGUUCAGCUGGUAAUGGCAGCUAGCCCAAAGAAAAGUGUGAAAUUACAAUGAAUAUUUAAAUAAAUUAUAUACAUUUCUGAUUCUCUACAUAUACAAGUUCGAGUUGUAACAAAAGAUAUCGCUGUAAUAAUUGUGCACUCGAGUUUGUCGCGCGUUUUUUGUCGGUUCGUUUAUUUUUCGAGCAACUGUAGAGAUUCUACAUCCAUGGCUGUACAGGUCAACAAACGUAGCUUGUUUCUCUUGCUACUCUUGGUAUUUGUCAUUUUUCUGGUGGCGCGCAAUUUGAGGGAAACCCAAAAACUGGCAGCAGCCUUGGAGAGGCACAAGCUCGGCCAUCGAGUCCCGUCGGAGGCGCCCGCCGUGGCUAGUCCGUUCAAAGCGAGCACGGAGGAACCUUUGUGGCUAUCGCCACGCACCCAGGAUCUGCAAGAGCUGCUAAAGUGUCGCAAUCGCCGGCUGCGGCUACAGAAGAAACAGCAUGGAAAAUACUGGGUGGUACAGAACCUGAUUAGCGGACGACUCAGUCGUCGCAUGGCCUGCGCCGAGUCCAUAACAUACACCACCAAUGGCGAUUACACGUUCUUCGACAAUCUCGAAACAGUUGCCGAACGGUGGUUCGGGCCCAUUAGCUUUGCCAUACAUACACCUGGCUACGAUCUGAAUGCCACACUGGAUGCCAUUCAGUACGUGAGAAACUGUUUGCCUGGCAGCCAGCUGAUCAGCGACUUUGUCAGCUUUCACGUUUACUUCUCCAAUGAGCAUAUGCCCGAGUAUGUGCCGCUCGAUGAGGAGGAGGCCCUCAAAUGGCCCUAUCGAUGCGUCGAUGGGAAUGGCACUCUGUUGACGCCGCCCUAUCUGCAGAACCGGACGGCCAUGUACAAGGUGCAGGCCAAUCUGACGUAUCCCAUCAAUGUGGGUCGGAAUAUUGCUCGCAACGCUGUCAAUACGCAUUUCAUAUUCGCCUGCGACAUCGAGCUCUUUCCCAGCUUGGGCCUGAUCGAACAGUUCUUGGACAUGGUGCAUCGCAACAGAAGUGUCUUGGCUCUCAGUCCGAAUCAGCGGCCGAGAGUGUAUCCCCUGCCGGUCUUUGAGAUACCGGAGAACGAGCAAGUGCCCAACGAUAAAUUGGAAUUGUUGGAUCUCCUACAGAAGCGUCGCGCUCAGCUCUUCCAUGCGAAAGUCUGCGCCAGCUGCCACAAGGUGCCCGGCUACCAGAGAUGGAUCAAUCGAACGACGCCCGUCCCGGACGAACUGGAACUGUUCAGCAUGACCCUCAGGCAAGACACGUUCCGGCACUGGGAGCCCUUCUACAUCAGCGACAACAAGGAGCCGGUCUUUGACGAACGCGUCACCUGGGAGGGACAGUCGAACAAGCGCAUACAGGUAAAAUCUCUAUGCAUCUAU